AAGAUGAGCACGGUUGAAGGGAAAAGUACCAGCAGAAUCUUAGCUGGAUGCAUAGCAGCUCGCACCUAAUUUCCUCCUUACCUUUUUCCACUCUGAUUCUUACCUUUUCACACUCUCUUCAUCCACCUUCACCACCAUCUCCAUCUUCAUCCACCUUCACCACCACCUCUCUCUCUCUCUCUUUCUCAUCUGCAAACAGCAAAUGAAACACAUUCACAUUCACACUCACACUCUCACUCUUCAGUCUCUGAAAAUUUAGUCCACACUCCCACAAUUCAACCAUAGCCUCUCUGUCUCUGUCUUCUUCAUCUGAGCCGGUAGCGUUAAUGUGGAAAUACUACAAGUACAGCACAAUGCCCACCAUUUCCAUCACCAUCUUCAUCCUCUUACUACUCUUAUCUUUCACACCCAACCCCAUAUCCUGCACCCACAUUCACACUCACCACCGCAGAAUCCUCCAUGAACCCUUCUUCCCACAAGACUCUCUCCCUCCUUCACAACCCCCCACCGCCACUCAUCCUCCUUCUCGGCCCACUACCACCACCCCAAAAUAUCCAUUUUCCAGUUCUACCCCUAAAUCAUCUCCAUUUUUCCCAUCCUACCCUUCUCCACCGUCAACUCCUCCGCCACCUUCUACCUCCACCUUCGCUUCCUUCCCAGCCAACAUCUCCUCCCUCAUCCUCCCCCGCACCUCUUCUCCCAAACACAAAUCUCCCAAAGCCGUCGCCGCCGCCGUCUCCGUCGUGGUAAUCCUCCUCGCCAUUGCCGUUUUCUUCUUAUUCUUCCACUGGAGACGCAGGAGGAUCCGCGGUCUCGACGACGAGGACGACAAGACUUACCUGUCGUCGGAGGUCCAAACAAAUGCAGAGGAAACAAGGCCCACCACUGCGACUGCGACUGCCAGCAAGAGAGUGAGAGGAGCCUCCACUUCAGCAAGUUCUGAGUUUCUGUAUCUGGGUACUUUGGUGAACCCUAGUGGAGGAGCUAGGAUUGAUGAUCAUGGCGGUUUGGACACUCGGAAAAUGGACUCGCCGGAGCUACACCCACUUCCGCCACUUACUGCUAGUGCUAGACGAGCCGAGGAAGAGGACGAAGACGAAGAGUUUUACUCGCCGAGAGGGUCAUUGGGUGGGAGUGGGAGUGGAACUGGAUCUGGGUCUCGAAGAACUUUUGCGGCAGUGGGGAAAAUCAGUGAUUCGAGUUCGAAUUCGUAUUCGUCUUCGUCAUCGGAAUCGGGAUCUCCUGCUCGUUCUCACUCUAUCAGUCUCUCUCCGCCUGUCAGUUGGAGCCCCAAACCCAAGUCCAGAGAAGAAAACCAAAGCCAAAGCCAAAGCCAUAACCAAGCUUCGGCUUCAGCCUUGAAUGAACCAGCAUUGAAUGCAGAGAGAGCUCUGGGUUCAUCUCCUACAAGAAUAUCGAAUGCCUCAGAUCGAGGUAGGUACUCACCGACACUGCCUGCUUUGUCAUUACAGGUGGGUUUGGGUUUGAAGGAGCAAAACCCAGAGGCAGCUUCUUCUUAUUCAUCAUCACCAACAUUAUCCAAUGCUUCUGAGCCAAAAAGACAGUCUUUUUCACCGAGAGACGCAGACCCAGUUGCUGAAUCUCCAAUAAUAUCCAUGGCUUCUUCUUGUUCUUCAUCGCCAUUAUCCAAUGCUUCCAAUCCAAAAAGGCAGUCUUUUUCACAGAGAGAGCCAGAACCAGUUGCUGAAUCUCCAACAAUAUCCAAUGCUUCUUCUUCUUCUUCAUCGCCCCGAUUAUCAGUGUUGAAAUUGCAGUCUCUUUAUCCACAACAACAAUCUGAGAAAGGUUCAGUUGGAAGAUAUUCGCAGAAAGAGGCAGGCUUAGUUGCUGGAUCACCAACAAUGUCCAAUGCUUCUUCUUCGUAUUCUUCAUCGCCACGAUUAUCCAACGGUUCCCAGCCAAAAAGGCAGUCUUUGUCACAGAGAGACGCAGACCCAGUUGUUGAAUCAGCGACAAUAUCCAGUGCUUCUUCUUGUUCUUCUUCGCCAGCGCGUCAUUUGGAGCAAAAUACAGUUGGCUUAUCCAAUGUUUGGGACUCAAAUGCGCAGUCUGUUAAGGUUCACGCUCCGCCACCACCACCACCACCGCCGCCGCCUCCUCCUCCGCCACUGCAGCCUCAGUACAGACAUUGGGAAGCUCCGAAACCUUUGACACCAAUCUCUAAGCCGCCACCGACGCUAUUGAUACCGCCUUCAAGGCCUUUUGUAUUGCAAACCCCACCAAGAACAAAAACAAUAACAGAGGUUUCUCCAAUUGAGUUGCCACCGGCCUCUUCAACCAUAGAAAACAAUGAGGAAACCCCAAAGCCAAAGUUAAAACCUUUACAUUGGGAUAAAGUCAGAGCCAGUUCUGAUCGUGAAACGGUUUGGGAUCAACUCAGAUCUAGCUCUUUUAAAUUAAAUGAGGAAAUGAUUGAGACAUUGUUUGUGGUGAAUGCCCCGAACCAGAAACCUAAAGAAACAACUCCACGAUGGGCGGCUCCCUCACCAAAUCAAGAGGACAGAGUCCUUGAUCCGAAAAAGUCACAGAAUAUCGCAAUUUCAUUAAGGGCGCUUAAUGUGACCAUGGAGGAAGUCUGUGAUGCCCUUUUAGAAGGUAAUGCGGAUACACUUGGCACUGAACUGCUUGAAAGUUUAUUGAAGAUGGCUCCAACGAAAGAAGAAGAACGUAAACUGAAGGAGUACAAAGAUGAUUCACCAAUCAAGCUUGGUCCAGCUGAGAAAUUUCUGAAGGCAGUGCUUGAUGUGCCUUUCGCAUUUAAAAGGGUGGAUGCGAUGCUUUACAUAUCUAAUUUUGACUCCGAGGUUGAGUACCUGAAAAAAUCUUUUGAAACUCUAGAGGUUGCUUGUGAAGAACUGAGAAACAGUAGAAUGUUUUUGAAGCUUCUAGAAGCUGUGUUGAAGACUGGGAAUCGCAUGAAUGUUGGGACAAACCGAGGUGAUGCCCAUGCCUUCAAGCUUGACACGCUUCUCAAGCUUGCUGAUGUCAAGGCUGCUGAUGGAAAAACCACACUGUUGCAUUUUGUUGUACAAGAAAUUAUAAGAACUGAAGGUGCUAGACUUUCAGGAACCAACCAAACUCCAAACUCCACUUUGAAUGAAGAUGCAAAGUAUAGGAAGCUUGGCCUGCAAGUUGUUUCAAGUCUUAGUUCAGAGCUCACCAAUGUGAAGAAAUCUGCUGCAAUGGACUCCGAUGUGCUUUGCAGUGAAGUUGCCAAGCUUUCAAGUGAGCUUGGGAACAUUAGGGAGGUGGUGACAUUAAAUGAGACAGUAGGAUUGGAUGAAAGCACCCUGAAAUUUUCAGAGUCAAUGAACAGGUUCAUGAAAAUGGCUGAGGAGGAGAUCAUAAGAAUUCGAGCUCAAGAAAGUGUUGCUUUGUCUCUAGUGAAGGAGAUUACAGAGUACUUCCACGGCAACUCAGCCAAGGAAGAAGCUCACCCGUUCAGAAUCUUCAUGGUGGUGAGGGACUUUCUUACGGUACUUGAUCGGGUCUGCAAGGAAGUUAGUUUGAUAAAUGAGCGAACAAUAGUUAGUUCUGCCCAUAAAUUUCCAGUUCCAGUGAAUCCGAUGAUGCCACAAGUUCUUCCUGUUCCAGUGAAUCCGAUGAUGCCACAAGGUCUUCCUGGAUUCCCUAUUAGGCGGCCAUACAGUUCCUCUGAUGAUGAGACUGCAUCCCCUUAGUUUUAUGGUCUGAAUCAGGAUGACCUUUUAGCUGCAUGUAGCCAAAAACUGCCUGGAACUGGUGGUGGUUAGGAAAGGUUGGAGCUUGUAUGGUCUGGCCCUGUUGUAAUUUUAUUUUAUUUUUUUCCUUUUGAUCUGUAUAAAUCCAUGUAAAAGAUUUUGAGUUCAUCCUAUAGAUAAUAUACAGAAGAAUUUUUGUUCAAAAAGAAGAAUAAGCUAGUACGCUGAAUUUUUUUGGAUAUGUAUUGUAAGCCUAUGAACAUAAGUUGAUUGAAGGUGGUACAAAUGCUGUUCAAUUACUUAAUAAAAAAUUCUGCUCAUUGAGAAA